AUGAAGGCCAUUAAUAUAGAUCGCAGCUCGACAGAUGCCUUCUAUCGGUACAAAAUGCCUGAGAUCGAGAUAAAGAUAGAGGGGCGGGGAAACGGCAUAAAAACCGUGCUAGUGAACAUAGAAGAAAUUGCGCGCAAUCUUAGCAGAGACCCAAAGCAUCUUACAAAGUAUCUCUCGUACGAUCUGGGGACGCUGUGCAGCGUGGACGAGGUGAACGGAAAGUACAUAAUAAACGGGUCCCACGACAAAGAAAAGGUGCAGACGCACAUAUUUCGGUUCAUAGAAGAGUUUGUUCUGUGCAAGUCCUGUGAGAGGAACCCGGAGACUGUUUUGUUUACAGACGCAGGAAGAAAGCUGAUCCAUCAAAGGUGCCAGGCGUGCGGGAAGGUAAACGCGAUCCGAACCCAGAACAAGCUGAGCAAAAUACUUCUUAAAGAGCUUCCAGACAAGGCCGAGGCUGACCGGCAGGAGCCGCAGGACUUUGACGGAGACGACUUUGAGGUCGAGUAUGCAUUUGGAAAAUAA